AUGGCUCCAGAGAAGGACAGCAAUGGUGUCAGCAACUAUGCCUUUACACUUGAAAAGCGUUUCUGUGAUCUUCCUGACACGAAGCAUGACGAGGAAUCGGACACGUCGUUGGUGGGAGACAGCAACAAACUGGCCUACUGUGUGACCGACACCCCCCCGUGGUACCUGUGCAUCCUUCUGGGCAUCCAGCACUGUUUGACUGCGUUUGGAGGUAUCGUCGCCAUCCCGUUAAUCCUGUCUCAGGGUUUGUGCCUGCAUCAUGACGGCCUCACACAAAGUCACCUCAUCAGCACCAUCUUCUUCGUCUCUGGUCUUUGCACUCUGCUGCAGGUCACCUUUGGCAUCAGACUGCCCAUUCUCCAAGGCGGCACCUUCACGUUGCUGUUACCGUCCAUGGCCAUGCUCUCCAUGCCGGAGUGGAAAUGUCCCGCUUGGACCCAGAACGCCAGCCUGGUCAACACUUCGUCUCCAGAGUUCAUAGACGUGUGGCAGAGUCGCAUGAGAGCACUGCAGGGCUCCAUCAUGGUGGGCUCACUCUUCCAGGUGUUUGUCGGCUUCUCCGGCCUCAUCGGUCUCUUCAUGCGCUUCAUCGGCCCCCUCACCAUCGCUCCCACCAUCGCUCUCAUCGGACUGUCCCUGUUCGACUCGGCUGGUACCAGUGCUGGCUACCACUGGGGCAUCUCUGCCAUGACCACAGCCCUGAUCAUCCUGUUCUCUCAGUACCUCCGCCACAUCCCCGUGCCCUUCCCCAUGUACAGCAAGGAUAAAAAACUGCAUGUCUCCCGUGUCUACGUCUUUCAGAUUCUCCCGGUGCUGCUUGGCGUCACCUUGUCUUGGCUCGUCUGCUACGUUCUGACGACGUACAACGUUCUUCCGUCUGAUCCAGACCAGUACGGUUACAGGGCUCGCACAGAUCUAAAGGGGGACGUCAUGAGCCAAGCGCCCUGGUUUACGUUUCCUUACCCUGGUCAGUGGGGCGUGCCGACCGUGAGCCUGGCGGGGGUCGUUGGCAUCCUGGCUGGUGUGAUCUCCUCCAUGGUGGAGUCUGUCGGGGACUACCACGCUUGUGCCAGGCUAUCUGGGGCUCCGCCUCCCCCUAAACAUGCUAUCAACAGGGGUAUCGGGAUUGAGGGACUGGGCUGUCUGCUGGCUGGAGCCUGGGGAACCGGAAACGGUACGACUUCAUACAGCGAGAACGUGGGAGCCCUCGGCAUUACUAAGGUCGGCAGUCGCACGGUGAUCGUCGCCAGUGGAGUCUUGAUGGUGAUCAUGGGUUUGUUUGGUAAAGUGGGCGCCAUAUUCACCACGAUCCCCUCGCCUGUGGUUGGAGGGAUGUUCCUGGUUAUGUUUGGAGUUAUAUCUGCAGCUGGUGUUUCUAACCUGCAAUACGCUGACAUGAACUCAUCCAGAAACAUCUUCAUAUUUGGCUUCUCCAUGUUCUCUGGUCUGGUCAUCCCCAACUGGAUAUUAAAGAAUCAAAGAGCUAUCGCUACAGGUGUGGUUGAGCUGGACCAGGUGCUGCAGGUUCUCCUGACCACCAGCAUGUUUGUAGGAGGUUUCUUUGGCUUCAUACUGGACAACACUAUUCCAGGAUCAAAGCAUGAACGAGGCAUCGUGGCCUGGAACAAGGCUCACGAGGACGACUCCAGCAACACUCUGGAGAGUGGCGAGGUCUACAACCUUCCCUUCGGCCUCAGCUCCUACUCCUCCUCGUCCUCCUGGCUCCGUUUCAUCCCCUUCUGCCCUCCAGGUGUGUCCACCUCUCAUGAGAGCGACGCCCUGGAGCCAAAGCAGCCGCUGGGACAUCCGGAGCCUCCGCAGCUCAUUAUCGGAGUCACUCUCUGA